CUCAUCGAGGUUGUUGCCAUAAGAACGUCUUAGGUUGAACACGAAUUUACCAUAGACCCAACGUAACACAGAAGACAGAGUAACUACCUCCCACACAGAACCUGAAUUCUUACAACCAUUUGUUCACUUAAGUGAUUUAUCCAAUGCAUUCUAUGACUUGCCAGGAUUGUCCUAGGAAGUUAGAGGUCGAACGCUACGUUAAAGAGCAUAAGAUUGAUGAAAUGCUCCAGAAUUUGACCUCUUCGUUGUUCUACGAAAUGCCAGAAAAUCCAAAACAAUAUUUAAUUGAACAAUUACGUUUAUUAAAAGCUUCACGUGAUGAAUAUGCAGAACCUCCAACAUUAUUUACUGAAACUAAUGCGGAAACAAUAUUUAAUAUGCUUGAUCCAUGUGAAAAGAACUCAAUCCCUUCUGAUCGAUAUCAGCAUGCAUUAGAAACAUUAGGAGUACUUCAAUAUGGUAAAGUUAUAGACAAUAAAGAUGAAUUCAUAAGUAAAGAUGUAUAUAUGAAUGUUGUUAAAACAGGUUUAAAACAAAUGGCAUCAACUUAUAAACCAUUUAAAUAAGUUAUGGAAAACAAAAAACGUGGUACCAAAGAAGAUUCAUAUGCAAAUUGUUAUUGUAUAACAAUGAAUUAACCAUGUG